AUGAAUUCGCUUCCGUACGAGCUGUUGGAGACCAUCGUCUUGCACCUUGGCAGCGAUGAGCUUGCUCCGUUCGCCACCAUCUCGGCCACAUUCCAAGAGCUCAUCGAACGUCGCACUUUCAGAGAGCUUGAAAUCCGCAGCACCGACAUUGAUCAGUUCGUCGCGAUAGUCACAGGGUCUCGCCGCCGAAUCCUCAGACUCCUGGACUAUUUCAUCGCCCUACCAACUGUCGCCGAACGCCAGCGCAACAGCCUUGGCUUCACCAAAGCGAUCCACGACCUGUUCUUUGCUCUGUCCCGCUGGGACACUGGAUCGAGCGCCAACCCCAUAAAACUAAGCAUCAGUGUCGUCGAAGACAACAUUUACCCCCGCAUCGACUACCGCCGCAGCAUCCUCGAGCUAACGGCACUCGACUCUCUCCAAAGCGUACCGCAAAUCCACACACUAUGUCCGGACAGCGGCGUCUGCAUCUCAGACAGCAGCUGGAUCAACAUUGCCUCUCGUCUUCCGAACCUCCAGCGCCUCGACGUCCAUCUCAACCACCAAAGACCAGGCCUGGACCUGGACCAGCGCCGCCGCAACCGCCACAGCCUAGCCGCAGCUCUGAACAACCUGCACAACACCUCCCACCUCGUCCACAUCACCCUCUUUUCCCCCGCCAUCGGCUGGUCGCGCCGCUUCUUCCGCCACACGCCCAACAUCCUCCUCCCGGAUGACCCUACCAACGACCACCUCAGCUUCGCGCUGAACCGCCUGCUGCGCCGCAGCCCAAACCUGCGCACAUUCGAUAUCUGCGGCGCCAUCUCCCUCAGCACCGCUCUCUUCGCCGACGACAACACCUCCUCCUCCUCCUCCUUCCACCGCCUGGAGCGCAUCUCCAUUUCCCUCGCCGCAUGCGCACCCGACGGCACACCCUACUUCCACGGCAACAUCACAUCCGACCCAGCCGACAUCGCCGACUACGCCGACGACGGCUUCGGCGACUCCGACGACGACGGCAGGCCUAGGCCCUUAUAUCGCUGGACCGGCGCCGCUGAAACGUUCCGUACUUUCGUUCUCUCCGCCGCGCGCUUCGUAUCCGCCGCGCGCAUGCCGCGUCUGCGCGCCUUCUCGCUCCAGAUGCAGUUUCACCAUUGCAAGAUCGUGUACGCGGCGCCGGGAGUAUUCUAUCCGGCUUGCCAGUGGCUCGGCGAGGAGGACCCGUUGGGGGAGGGGAACUUGUGGUUGCCGCGGAGUUAUGUUGAUGUGACGGGGUUGGAGGGGGAUGGGGAGGGGGAUAAGGAGGUUGAGGAGGCGUGGGGAGGGAUUAGGGAGGGGGGGUUGGUGCAUUGGGGAUCUCAUGUCGAUUGA